AUGAACGACACAGAACCUAAUGAUUUUGACUUGAAGAAUAAUUCAGCAGGGAAAACAGUCACGCUGAAACAUCCUGGAUCUGAUGCCAAAUCCGUAAUACCUCAACAUCACCCUGAACUCACUGUGAACCACGAGGAAAGGAGCAAUUUGACUAAUGGAGAGGUUGAAGGUGUAAUUAAUGAUCACGGCCUAGUGCCGAGUUCAGAGGAGGAGCACUCUCUCCAGCCCGGGCUCCGUUUGGAGACGGAUGUCGGCGAGGAUCUGCCUGAGAAGACACAGGGUCGCCCACACUGGCUCACAGAACCUGAGGUCGGCGGGUCGGGACCUCGGUCUCGCAGGAGGAGGAGCUGGCUGUGGAACCAGUUCUUUGUGAUCGAGGAGUACAGAGGACCGGAGCCUGUGCUCAUCGGACGGCUGCACACGGACAUGGACAGCGGACACGGCCAGACCAAGUACAUGUUGGAGGGAGAGGGGGUGGGCUCCGUGUUUGUUAUCGACGGCAACACGGGCAACAUACAUGUCACCAAGUCUCUGGACCGCGAGGAGAAGGACCAGUACCGUCUCGUCGCCACGGCGACAGACCGACAGACCGGCCGAGCCCUGGAGCCCUCCUCCGAGUUCAUCAUCCGAGUGCAGGACAUCAACGACAACCCGCCCAUCUUCCCCAGUGACACCUAUGUCGCCAUGGUGCCGGAGAUGGCCAACAUUGGCACCUCCAUAAUCCAAGUCACUGCCAGAGAUGCCGAUGAUCCCACGUAUGGAAACAGCGCCCGGCUGGUGUACGCCAUCACUCAGGGACAGGACUAUUUCUCCGUGGAUGCUCAGACAGGCGUCCUGCGAACAGCCGUGCCUGACAUGGACAGGGAGACCCGGGAUGAGUAUCUGGUCGUCCUCCAGGCCAAAGACAUGGGGGGGCAUCUGGGCGGAUUAUCCGGGACCACAACCGUCACUGUGAAGCUGAGCGACGUCAACGACAACCCCCCUCACUUCAGGCGGAGCGCGUGGUCGUUCUCUGUGUCUGAGCUGGCAGCACCGGGGGUGGAGGUGGGACGGCUCACUGCCGCGGACCCUGAUCUGGGGGAAAACGCGCAGCUGGAGUUCACCAUCCUGGAUGCGGAGGAGGCUGAGAUAUUCAACAUUACAGCGAGAAACCGAGAGGGCAUCAUCGAGCUCAACAAGCUACUGGAUUACGAAACCCGCAACUCCUAUACUUUCUCCGUGGAAGUUGCCAACCCUAUAGUGGACGCCCGGUACCUAAGGAAAGGUCCCUUUAAGGACCAAGCAACGGUCCGGGUCAUGAUCCUUAACGCUGAUGAGCCCCCCCAGUUCUCCCAGGCCCGGUACCAUCUGGACGUGUCUGAGAACUGCCCCCCUAUCUGUUCUGUGGGCCGGGUCUCUGCCGUCGACCCAGACACGGGACAAAGCUCCAACAUCAGGUACUCCAUUGAUCCGCAGUCAGACCCCGAGGCUCUGUUCCGCAUCGCCUCUGACACGGGCUCCAUCAGCACGGUGAUGGAGCUGGACCGCGAGCUGGAGCAGUGGCACAACAUCACCGUCAUCGCCACACAGAGGGGUACGUCGGCCCCUUCGGCCCUCGGGGGGGCAGAGCUCACCGGAGUCAUAUUUCACAGAAAGCGAAAGCGCCCCGGGGUCGGCAGCACAGUGUACAAUCCCAAUCUUCAGUCAAGGGUUGUGGUUGCCAUAGAGACACUAGACCAGAAUGACAAUGCCCCAGAGCUGGACAGGCAGUACUCCACAUCUGUGUGUGACUCCAGCGUCCCCGGUCAGGUAGUUCAGGUUCUGCGAGCCAUCGACAGGGACCAGGGAGGACAGGACACGCCGAUCCACUUCAACAUCCCCCCAGAGUCCAGCUCGGCCCUCAAUCUCACCAUCAGGGAAUCUGGAGGUGUGACAGCCAGCCUGGUGCUCCAGUCGGCUUUGGAUCCCCUCCCUGGCUUCUCCUCUUCCUUACACACCCUCUACGUGCCGGUCGUGCUCCGUGACGGAGCCUCGGGUCUGACCAACACUGGCACCGUCACUGUGACCAUUUGUCCCUGUUUGCAAGGGGGCAUGCAGACGGAGGAUAGGGGGAGACAGAGGGACAGGCGAUGGGAGAGACACAUGGUUUGUCUGCCCAUGCCGUCCGCCUCUCCGUCUCUCAUAUUCAGUUUGGUCACCCUGCUCGCCAUGCUGGCGUGUGUCACCACUCUGCUGGUGGUGUGUGCACUCUCGCUGUCAUUGCGCCAUCAGAAGCGAGACUCCCACUCACCCUUCGAGGAGGAUGAUGUCAGGGAGAACAUCAUCUCCUAUGAUGACGAGGGGGGAGGGGAAGCGGACACCGCCGCUUUUGACAUCACAGCACUGCAGAGCAUGCACAGAAUGCAGCACAUGCACAACAGAAACAUAUGGUACACCCAACAGAAUCCGCCGAGGGCCAGGGCGUACAGCUGGAGCCGUAACCCGCGCCCCGGCCUGGACCCUCAGCAGAGGCCGGGCUCUGCUCCGCUCUACGGGCGCCUCUGCUACGGCAUCCACACGCUGCCUGUUCUCCGAGAUUAUCCAGCCGGGCCACUGGAGGCAGGGCUGCAGUUAACACAGCUGACCCACGGGAUCACCGGAGGUCAUAUUGGCAAUUCCCUUGUCAUCCAGAACCAGAGCACCUUUGAGCCGCUGCUUCACUCUCCUGAGACGAGCCCUGCUAGUUAUGAAGCAGAACACAUUCUGGCGAAGAGCAAUGUUACCAUCAGAAAUGAAGGCGGUGAAGCGAAUGAAAAAGCAGAUACAAAAGAGAAUCUGGAUCAGGCCAAGACCAACCCAACAGAAGCAGCACCAGCCGACGCUGACGCAAAUCUGAACUACUCUGACCCAAAUGAGUCUUCGCUCCAAAGUCACGCCAGCUCCUCAUCAAACCAGCAUGAGGGGCGGCCGGGGUCAUCGCAGACUCAGAUCAGCACGGGAGCCACCAGCUGCACCCUGGAUGACAUUGAUACUGAUUGCUCCAUUCCCUCCGUCUCAGAGAGAAAUUAUUCAAACGGUAGUCAGAUUCACUCUGUGAACCCUCCUGUUUACCCCAAAUCAGACACGUACAGCAUCGUGGGCUCGCUCAAUCCCAACAGCAGGGGGACGUGCAUGAACGGGACGAGCAGCGGCGGGUUGUACCCAGCGGGGGUGCAGCUACUGAACAUGUGCAGUCUCCAGAGAAAGGAUUUGACCCCGCAACCUUUGCCCUUACCUGGGGCCGUGUUUGGAAGCAACACAGGCUGGCCGUUCAGGCCGGAGCCUGCGACGGCUGAAGCCUCUGACCCGCAGCCUCUCUGUAUGGAAGACCUCCUGAACUUCCGCCUGAAUCAGGUGACCUUUGACCUGUCACAGCCUCCAUAUGACUCACUGCAGACUUACGAGUUUGAGGGCCGUGAUUCAAGAGCUGAGUCACUGAGCUCGCUGGAGAGCGACAGGGAAAAGGACGAUGGGCGGGUGGUGGGAGGGAUGGAGGAGUUGAACCAGAAGUUUCAGAGGCUGGUGGAGAUCAUCCGAGAGAGGGAGAGGGAGAAGGAGGCGGAGAGAGGAGAGAUGCGGGCAGCUGAGGAAGCUGAGACCGCAGAGGCCGCUCUGAGCGAGACUCAUAAACAAACAGAGAACCAAAAAAAGGAAAUACAGAGAUGGGAUUUCUAG